CGCUCUACGAGUCUAUCCCCGAUUCCCGAUUCCCGAUUCUCUACUCCCCUUCCUCUUUCUCUCUGCUUCUUGGAGACAAUGAAAACCCAGUAGCCAAAGAUCCUUCCCUGCGCGAAUAUAAAGCCCGUUUAGCCAAUCCUUGGGAGAGGAAGUAGAUUUUUUUCGAAUGGGUUGCUUUCUUGCUUGUUUUGGUUCCUCUAAAGAUGGGAGGAAACGAAGGAAACAGAGCCGGAACAAGGUUCGGCCUCGUGAUCACCAAAGAACUCUAAGUUGCAAACCUGUGCAAUCUACUGUUUCUUUGACGCAGGGCGCCUCCCAAAAUCCCAACACCACCCCAGUUCCACAAAUUCGACAAAUCCGGGAUGAGGUUGAGGAAGAGUUGAGCUUCAGGGCCAGAAAGAAAGUAACAUUUGACUCCAAUGUCAAAACCUAUGAACAUGUUUCAUGUGAUGAUAGUCAGGAUUUUUCAUUGGAGAGUGAAGGAGGUGGGAAGAAAGGGGAGGAAAAUGUAGCAAAAUCAAACCAAUCUAAGUCCUCUUCAGAAGAUAGCUUGAUCACGUCAGGCUCAGGAUCUUAUCCACCACCAAAUUAUAGGUACCAAAAUUGCAGGGACAGCGAUGAUGAGUACGAAGAACCAGACAAUGACGAUAGUGAUCUUGAUUGUGAUUAUGAUGACGAUAACAGUGGAAUCGAGGAUAACGGUUUAUAUGGGGAUGAUGACGAUGAUAGAAUUGUGAAAUCAAGAAGAACAAUUUCUGCAGCUCAUAUAUUUACCGAGGAGGUUGAAAGUCCUAUGCCAAUAUGUGCUUUGCGAGAUGGGGAAGUGAAGCCAAUUGGGUCUAACCCAUAUGCUCGAGAUAGGAGUGUUUAUGUCCAUCCGGUGCUGAACCCAGUAGAAAAUCUUACACAAUGGAAAGCUGUUAAGGCUAAAGGGGGGCAACCAUUGAAGCCUCAGAAAGAGAAUUUUGUCUCGAAUCAAGAAUCCUGUGUUCCAUUGGGUACGGAUCAAAGUUUUGAGGAAUUAUCAUUUAGUUUCAGGUCGAAAACUGAUCAAUCUAAAAAGUCGAACCAAGAAAUAGCAGUUGAUGCAAGCCUUUCAAACUGGUUGGUUUCAUCCGAGACUACUCCUGUCAAUAAGACUAGCACAAACUGUCUUAAUACCAUUUUGCCCGAGAAAAGCAUGUUACAUGGAUCAAAUUCUUUAAGGUGUCAAGACGAUAGACCGAUUUUAGGAGCAUUAACUGUUGAAGAACUCAAGCAAUUUUCUGCUUCUUCUUCACCAAGGAGGUCUCCGAGUCGAAGUCCCGAUGAGAUGCCCAUAAUAGGCACAGUUGGGACCUACUGGAGUCACAACACUGUCCCUACCAAGGAUUCUGGCUCUGCCUCUUCCUACAAAGGAAUACCAAACACGACCAGCAAGUACAGAGAGGAUAAGAGAGUGAAUUGGCACUCUACCCCAUUUGAAACGAGAUUGGAUAGAGCUUUGAAGGAGGGUGUUGCUUGAAGCUUACACUUCUGGUACUCCAGGUGUAUUUUAGACAAGCUUGUGAUAUGGUUUUUUUUUUUAGUAUUUAAGUGUUGUGCCUCCGGUUCCCGUUUCACACUCCAGCUGCUGCUGCUCUCUCUUGUUUUGUUUUGUUGUUGUUUGUAUGUGUACAUUCCAUUCACAAUAUAUGUAUAAAAUAAAUAUUACAUUAUCAA